UAUUUUCAUUUCCCCCAAUUAUUCUCAGGAACUGGGAGGUCUGUUGAUUCUAAAGAGAGAAAAACAGAGAGCUUCGAUGGGGGACUCAAACCCUAAAAACAGUUUGAGAUGUCCGCACUGUGCUGGUCCUCUCUCGAAAGAGAUGGAAACUAGCAAUUGGACUGUUCCACCGCUUAUCAGGGAUAGCUUCUCCAUGAUUGGUUCUGCUGUUGGUGGUACGACAAGUGCAUUUUACGGAUUCAACCGUGUGAUGCCAAUUGUUCAGAAGUCGGUCAAAGGACCUAUGUGGUUACAUUUCCUCAUUGGUGCUCCACCAGUGAUAGUUUUUUCUUCAGCCUGUGCGGGGUUGGCAGGUGGAGCUAUUCCAGCCUUUGCCCAACUUGCAUCUUCGUCUUAUCAUGCAGCAGUUUCAUCUUCAUCUUUUCCACCUCCAACGUCACGGGAUGAUAAGAUUCAGAACUCCAGAACUUCCUCCACACUAUAAUUUUUCGAAGAGUUGAAGAGAAUUUUGGUGGUGCCCGCUAAAAUGGUCAGGCCAGGAAGUUGUCCGUCUUUGUGGACCUGGCUCGUAUGAGCUAAUAUCAACAGUACCUAGGUGGGAUGCACAUACAUGGCUCUCAUGUAUAAAAUGCCGUGAAUUUGACCUAGGAGCCUCUUUAUGUAAAAAUCAUCGACAGUCACCUGAGAAAAUCUUUAAUAUUAUAGAAAUCUUCAUUAUUUAAGAAUCAUUAUUUCUGAAGUAAAAAAGUUCUAUGCUCUGUGAAA